AUGCUGAGAAAUAAAUACAUUCUUGGUUGCACCGCGGGCAUUGCGGUGCUCGCUUCUGUGCGGUUUAAGGCAUCCUACAUUUCGAUUUCCAACCGCAAGCGUGUUGAGAUGUUCAUGGGCAAGCGUUUUCAUCUUCCGACACGUCUGUGCACGGCGGCCCCAGACAUCGCCGCGGAGUGGAAUUAUGAAAAGAAUCCGAUGCAUCUUUAUCCCGAGAUCGUUGGUAUUGGGUACGUGAUGCCGGUGUGGUGGAAGUGCUCCGCCUGCGGCCAUUCGUACGAAAUGAGCGUUGAAAAACGCGUGGUGCGCGGCGGCGGCUGCGAGGUCUGCGCGAGUAUAUCGCUGAAAGCUGAAAGGGAAGAGCCGCCCACGCGCACGAGAAGUUCAGAUCACGGCGUGUUUUACGAGGUGGGUAACGACGGGGGGGAUCCUUUGCCGGGUGAAACCAACCCCGCCCUUCGCCCCAAACGCCCUGCCAUGCUGAACCUUCGGACGAAGUACUAG